UGUUCAUACUAUAUAUCAUGUUCGUAUUUCAUAAUGGACAAUAAAUCAGUUAAUUUAUUUUUAAAAAACAUCGAAGAAAACACAAGGAAAGUAUUUUCCUCAUCAUCUUAUAAUGAAUCUUAUUAUUCAUCUCAAAAAAAUUGUAUGCCAGUUACAUUUAAAUAAAGAGAAACUAGUGAUGAAAUUCAGGAAUAUGCAACAAAUGCAAUAAAUGAAUUAUUGGGAUGGUAUGGCUAUGAUAAAAUGGAUAGUGAUUGUACAAAAAGUUUAAGUCUGGGUCAUUUUACAUCUAUACCUAUUACAAAAAAUAGUGAAAUGCUUCAAAUUAAUCAAGAUAUUGUUUCAAACAAACUAACAUUAAAAUCUUCAUCACUAAAUAUAUCUAAUUCAGUUUUUGAAAUGUCCAAUAUGUCUUAUUCUAAUAAUUACUUAUUAUCUCUGAAUAAACAAUUAAUGACUCCCUUAUCAAUGAAAACAGCAUCUUUUGGCUGUACAUCUAAAUUUCCAUAUGAAAGUUAUUCAAAUUCUACCUAUUCAGAUAACAUAUCUUGUUCUUGGUGUAGUAGAACAUAUACUCCAACAUAUGAAUCAGAAAAAAUUCAUUCUUAUAACAUGAUGAAUUCUAUGGAAUACUUUUGUAGUGAAACUUGUUUUGUAUCUAGUAGAAGAACAGUUUUUAAACAAACAAAAAUAUGCGAUUGGUGUAGACAUAUAAAAAAUCCCACUAGUUAUAUUGAUCUUCAGGAUGGUGAAAAUCAACUUCAAUUUUGUAGCAAUAGAUGUUUAAAUCAAUAUAAAAUCAAUAUUUUCUGUCAUGAGACACAAACUCAUUUAAUGCUUCAAGAUUUAAACAAUGUUUCUUUCCAUGACACAGAAAAAGAUAGUUUAAUAACACCAGAAUUAUGGUUUCGAAGUUGUCAAUCACCAUUAAAUAAUUCCACAGAAAAUAUAUGUUCAGCUGAUACACAUUUUACAUCAUCUUUUUGUAAUAAUAGAAUAAUAAAAACAGAACAAAAUAAUACUGAAAAGUUAAUAGUAUCUAAUCAAAAAAGUAUCAAAAAAAAAAAAAUAUCAUGUAUAAAAAAAUAUACAAAAGCCACUAAUUAUAAUGAACAAAAAAAAAAAUUUUGUAUAGAAAUGAAUGAAAAUAUCAAUGAACAUAAUAAAGAAACUAUAAAUGAAAAAAAUAAAUAUUGGCAUUAUAUGGCUAAUAAAACUCAUUAUAGACUAAAUUAUUCAAAAAAAAAUGAUUUGAAUUAUAAGGAUUCUAAAAAAGAACACAUGAUGAAUAUCAUAAAUCACAAUUCACAUAAUCAUCAAAAUAAUAAAACAUUUUUAAAAAAGAAUAUAUAUGUAAAAGAUAUAAAAAAUUUACCAGAAAAAGAAUAUGUUAAUUCAUGGAAUAUGUUAAAAUCAUCAUAUUUUUUAAAUUCAACUUCACAUAUAAUAAAUCAAGAAAUUCCAUUUUUAUCUAAAUCAUGUUCAAAUGAAAUGAAAUUUAGCCAAACAAAGGAUCAAAAACAAAUUAAUAUUUCUUCAGAAACUUCACCAUUUAAACAAUCGAAUCAAACUGAAUUGUUUCAUUCAUUAUCUUCAAAAUUAUUAUCUCCUGUUACAAUAUUUGUACCUUAUUCUUUACCUAUUCCUAUACCAAUUCCUAUUCCUAUUCCAGUCCCUAUAUCAACAGCAAUUUUUAAUAAAAUUAUUGACAAAGAAGAUAGGAAAAAAUCAAAUUAUGAAAAUAUAGAAUGUAAAGAUUCAAUACAAAAUAAACAUUCUGUACUUAAUAAGUCACAGAUUACGACAAAUAUAUCAACAGAAGAUUUACAACAAGUAACAUCAGAUAAAUUCUGUUUUUUAUCAUCAUUUUCUCAAAUGAAAUCUAAUAAUGAAAUCAAUAACAACUUGCAUCAACACAAUUUAAAAUUUUUAAAAAAGAAAAAAUAUUCAAAUGAAACUAUUAAUCAUAAAAAUAAAAAAAUUCAAUUAAAAAAGAGGAAUAAAUUCAUAACAACUUAA